UUUAAUACACCACCGAUGGCGGGUUUUUCAGGCUUCACAGACGAAGAAAUACAGCGUUUUAAAACCCAAGGAGAAAGCACGGGUUCUAAUAGAAGUGAAAAACAAGAACCGAUCAAAAAGGCUGCCAUUAAUCCCGCCGGCAAGCGCUCAAGAACGCGCGAAAAAAUUCGUAGUAAAUCGACGAAUUCUAAACAGAAUGACAGACCUCCAGAAUCACGAAAGAAUGAACCGAAAGAGGAAGUUGUGGCUGAAGGGAAGGAAGAACAGGGAGAUGUUGAGGAAAAGAAAGUUGAAGAAACUUGUCGCGAAGUUCAGGUGGUCAUGGAGCCUGAAAAAGUAAAAGAAUUGGAACUUUCAAAUAUUGAGAAAAUGCAACAGAAACAGAAAGAGAUGGAAAUGAUUAACAAAAAGAAAGAGAAAAUGUUACAAAGUGCCUUGAAAAAACGUUAUGCGAAAACCAAAAGAGAGACUGAAACACUUAAACUGGUUCAAAAAGAACUUAGUCGACUAGAUAAUUUGCUUUAUACUGACGUUCAAAUUUUGAGAGACAAAAUUGACCAUUCCUGUCGAGAAUUUGAUGCUGCAAGAAAACGCUAUGAAAGGGCAGAAGCAGAAUUUAUUAGUGCCAAAAUGAACCUACAUGAGAAGACAGAAACAAAAGAUCAACUGACAGAACAUUUGUGUUCAAUUAUCCAACAAAAUGAGGAAAGAAAGGCCAAAAAACUGUCUGAACUUAUGGAAAAACUUGAACUAGCUGAACAAGAAGUGAACGUGGAAUUAGAAGAAAGUAUUUCAGAGGAUUUGAAGGAAAAAUCUGCAAAUCAUAGUUUUGCGCAAAUAGAAGAUGAAGUUGUUGACACACAAGACAAUAAAACAUCCAAAACCGAGGAAACUGAAGAACAAUCAGUUACAAAUACUGAAAAUUGUUCAAAACAAGAUAUUUGUAUUGAAAACAAUAAUAAUGAGAAUACAAAUCAGAAGCAGAAGACUGUUGAAGAGUGAAGGAUAAUUUUUUGGGAGGAAUAAUUUUUUUUCUUUGAUUACAGAGCAGUGGAAGAGAAGUUUUCCACCCUCGUUCUAUUAAACAAAAAGCCGAGUAGAAAUGUUUGAAAAAGAGUGAAUUUUUUAUAAUGCAAAGUACAAUAUUUUACCAGAGAAAGUGGGAAUAUAAUACACCUUUUUGAAAGUCAGUUUGGGGAACCUUGCUCUUAAUAAAAGAUGUUGAAUCACGAAAGUGAGGCAACCCAAACAUCGCAAUUAACUAGACCGACUGUUAUAUGUUGAUCUGAAUCAUCUGAUUGUGUCCUAAGUAGUAAAUAACAAAAAACCAGAUCGUUUGGCGAGGCUGUUUUUACAUCAUUGUAUCUGA